CGAAAUCGUGUCGACAUGGCCGGCCGUGUCGCGGCGAUCCAGCCUCGUCUCGCCGACGAGUGGGACCCACGGGCCCCGCACCCGCGCGCGUGCCCCCGCCGUCCGUCCGAUUGGCCGGUGGAGCGUGACGGGUAUAAAAGGGAGUGGCUGAGUGGCGAGGCUGCAGCACCAGUCAACGUCAACUGCACGGCAGCCAAGCCGUUCUGGGGGAUCGGCGGCGGUGGCGGAGGCGGUACUGGUGUGUGGUGUGGUGUGGUGGGGGGACCCAGGAAUUCCAGGAUGCAGUCGCUGCAGGAGAAGGCGUCGGAGUGGAGCGGCGUGGCGGCCGGGGACGCCUUCGCCAUCGACGACGGGAACGUCUUCGAGGCGCUCGGCGCCACGACGCAGCCCUUCGUCGACCUCUCCACCAACUUCUACACCAGGGUUUAUGAGGACGAGGAGGAGUGGUUCCGUCAGAUCUUCGCCGGGUCGAAGAAGGAGGACGCCAUCCGGAACCAGUACGAGUUCUUGGUGCAGCGCAUGGGCGGCCCGCAGCUCUUCUCCCAGAGGAGAGGACAUCCUGCCCUGAUAGCACGACAUCGACCAUUCCCUGUUACCCACCAGGCUGCAGAGCGAUGGCUACACCACAUGCAGCAAGCUGUGGAUACUACUGAGAGCAUAGACGCUGCCACAAAAACCAAAAUGAUGAAUUUUUUCAAGCACACUGCAUACUUCCUUGUGGCCGGUAAUGAGAUGACAAGGCAAGGCCAUGGAACUUCCUGCAAGUGCAAACAUGGAGCAAGCAAACCGGCAGAAUAACGAUCGAUUCAAGAUCUGGAUAAUAAAUGGUUGGACGCUUUAGCAACCAUUCACCAUGGAGUUAUAGAAAAACCAUGUACGAUGGGCUUCAGACCAUCUAUUCAUUAUUCACACUUUAGAGAAACAGUUGAGCUAACUGUUGUAGCUUACAUCCAUACUUGAACACAAAGCAAGUGAAAUUUGAUUAAAAAA